ACUCCUGGCAUCCCAGUCUUCAGAAGAAAAGGAUCUACAACUGGAAAUUCAGUUAACCUGCAAUGUCUCCUGGGUGGCUUGUGUUGCCUUUGGCCCUUGUGUGGAGCCCUGCUGGGUGUUGGUAGAGUGUCUUGGAUCCUGGGGACGUGAGAGGAACCUGAUGUACAGGGUUGUGACUGCAGGGUCUUGCUAAGUUGCUGAGGCUAGCCUCAAACUUGUGAUCCUCCUUCCUCAGCCUUCCAAGUUGCUGGUUUCAUACCUGUGUGCUACUGAACCUCACGAGCUGUACCCAGAGUCUACCAGGCUGCUGGUAGCCAUUGCGCCUGCCCUUCAACGCCUGUCAUCUAUCAGAAAGAACCUGUGUGUGGGAGGCAGAAGAUGCCAUGCUCCAGAAUGCAUCCAUCCAUCCCACAUCCCAGGGGUCACCGGGCCCAGCAUAUGGCCUUGGCCCUGCUGGGGAUCUGCCUGGUGACACUUUGGGGCCUCAGAGAGCCACCAGAAUACACUCUUCAAUACCUAGUAUUCCACCUGGCCUCUCUGCAGCUGGGACUGCUGUUAAAAGGGAUCUGCUGUCUGGCCGAAGAGCUGUGCCACAUCCAUUCCAGGUACCAGGGUAGCUACUGGAAGGCUGUGAGGGCUUGCGUGGAUUGUCCCAUCCGCCGUGGGGCCGUGCUGCUGCUGUCCUGUUAUUUCUACUGCUUCCUCCCAAAUACUCCUGGCCAGCCCCUCAGUUGGAUGCUUGCCCUCCUGGGCCUCUCACAGGCCCUGAACAUCCUCUUGGGUCUCCAGGGCCUGGCCCCAGCUGAAGUCUCUGCGGUCUGUGAAAAGAGGAACUUCAACGUGGCCCAGGGGCUGGCAUGGUCAUAUUACAUCGGGUAUCUGCGACUGAUCCUGCCAGGACUCCGGGCUCGGAUCCAAACUUAUAACCAGUUCCACAACAACAUGCUACGGGGCACAGGGAGCCAACGGCUAUAUAUCCUCUUCCCACUGGAGAGUGGAGUGCCUGAUGACCUGAGUGUAGCUGACCCCAACAUUCGCUUCCUGAAUGUGCUGCCCCAGCACAGUGCUGACCGUGCUGGCAUCAAGGGUCGGGUUUACUCCAACAGCGUCUAUGAGCUUCUGGAGAAUGGGCAGCCGGCAGGUGCCUGUGUCCUGGAGUAUGCCACCCCCUUGCAGACCUUGUUCGCCAUGUCACAGGAUGCCAGAGCUGGCUUUAGUCGGGAGGAUCGACUUGAACAGGCCAAACUCUUCUGUCAAACCCUUGAGGACAUCCUGGCAGAAGUCCCUGAGUGUCAGAACAACUGUCGCCUCAUUGUCUACCAGGAACCUGCAGAGGGGAGCAGCUUCUCACUGUCGCAGGAAGUUCUCCGGCACAUGCGGCAGGAGGAAAAAGAGGAGGUUACUAUGAGCAACUUAGGGACCUCAGUGAUGCCCAGUCCCUCCACACUGUCCCAGGAGCCCAGGCUCCUCAUCAGUGAUAUGGAACAGCCUCUCCCGCUCCGCACUGAUGUCUUCUGAGGCCCAGGGUCACCUUGCCUGAGCCUUCAAAAAAGAGGAUUGAAGCUUUCUUCAGCUGCUGGAUGUCUAGCAGAGCCAUUCCUCCCAGAGAGGAUUUCCAGAGAAGGUCUCUGGACUUGGCAUCUCCAGAUGAGUCCUAUAUCCCUGGACAAACCAUUUUACCUCUCUGAGCCAUAGUCUUCUCAUCUAUGAAAUGGGAUUAUAAUUGUUCCCCUACAUCACAGGGUUAUUGUGAGGACUGUUCAUGUGUAGAAGUUUUGUCUAAACUCUAAAUGCCAGGCAAACUUAAGGGAUAUGCCAGUUAUCUUCCAUUGGAUCCUCCAGUGCCCUGGGACAGACCUGUCUGGUUGGCACCAACAGACUCCCUUGUCUUAGGACUUCUGGUCACGUUUGGUCAAUGGGGAGCUUCAGCGGAAACAUGAAAGGAGGAAGAGGAUGAAGUUGGGUUGUUUAUCCCAGCUCUGUCCUGGCAGUUCAAAAGUCACUGUAGGCCCUCUUGACAGGUGACCCUCCCAGCAAACUUGUCCAUCUCCGGGUUUUUGGAACUGCCUCCUCCCGUACCCCUGGCAGUGGUGUUGGCUCUCGGUGGAGGCCUCACUCUUGUGGUUUCCUUCCGUCCUGCCCUUUCUCAAUAGUCCUUUCUAUAUUCUUUUUAAAAGAGCUCCUCAGAUUACCCACUUGGAGUAUAUUGUCAUUUUACUAUUAGGCUCUGACAGAUACAAGAAAUUGGGGUUUAUCUGCUCUGAUGUUCUGAUCUGCAGUACAAGCAUGCUUCCCUGCACCUCUCCUCAUCCUACACAGGGCACUUGGGGGAUGGGUGCCAUUUCAGUCUGGACAGAGCCUUCCAGUUGGUGGAGGGGAUAGGUUGGGCAGUAACUCCCCACCCGCCCUGCCCUUUCAGUGCCCUUUCAGUAUCUCCCAUGACUGGCGUGGGGAGCAGGGGCCGGGGCUUGGCUGAACCAGCACACAGAUGCCAUGAGUAGCAUCCUGGGCAAAGAAGCAGGGUCCACUGAAGAAACGUCCCCAGAUGAGAGAGCCUGCAAAAGGAUCAGGGAGGAAGAAUUUGUGUGAGGAGAUGGGACAUCCCCUGAGAGUCUUGAACAACACAGCUGGUCACCAUGCCAUAUAUUAUCCCAUCAUCAUCAGAACAGAGCCACUGUGGUGGGAUCCUCCUGCCUUAGCUUUCUGAGCUGCUGGGAUUAUAGGCAGGUGCCACCACACCCAGCUCUACCUUUUUUGUUUUUAAGCUGUAGAUGGACACAAUACCUUUAUUUUAUCUAUUUAUUUUUAUGUGGUGCUGAGAAUGGAACCCAGUACCUCACACAUGCUAGGCAAGUGCUCUACCACUGAGCCACAACUAUGGCCCCUCCACUCUUAUUUUUUAUCACAAAUGCUCAGUAGGCAUUUCUGAGUGCAGUAUCACUUUGGAGAAAUGUUCCACACAGAGGAAACCAGCUGUCCCUAUGGACAAUAGAGCCAAAUGAGUCAAGGGGGAAACUAUCCCCUCUCCAGUUGUCCCAGUCACCUUGCCUCCAAGACCUGAGAGUCUUCAUCAUGUCAGUUACUCUUACACCAGAAACCAGCCCAGAAUCAAGGGCCUCCCCAACUUGACCUUGUUCUACUCACUCCCAGCAUGGUGACCAAUUUGUAGAGCUUAAUGGCCCCAAGUUCAAAUCCUGACUCCAGGUCUGGGAUGUGGCUCAGUGGUAUAGUGCUUGCCUAGCAUGUGUGAGGCCCUAGGUUCCAUCCCUGCCCAGCUCUAUAAAAUAGAGAGAUAGAUAUAAGGUCCCAACUCUACCACUUAGUACCUGUAUCUGAGUGUUUUUUGUUUGUUUGUUUUGUUUUGUUUUAAUACUGGGGAUUGAACCCAGGAUGCUGUACUACUGAGCUACAUUCCUAGCUCUUUUCUUUUCUUUGUUUACAAGGCAAGCACUCUACUGACUGAGCUAUCUCCCCAGCCCCCCUUUUCAUUUUUUAUUUUGAGGCUGGGUCUCUCUAAAUUUUUCUGGCUGAUAUCUAUUUUGCAAUCUCCCUGCUUCAGUUUCCCAAGUAGCUAGGGUUACAGGCAUGUGCUACUGUGCCUGGGGUUGGAAAUGUUUUGUGGUAAAUUCUAGGCUUAUUUUAACAGGUUCAUGUGCACAGAAAAUGGGAGGUGAUGAGAAUCCCCAAAUUACCCCAUCACACCUUGGAAAGGCAAGACAGAGUCAGUGGAGGCCAUUCAAAGGCGAUCUUUGAACUAUAAAUGGUGCUUGGGAUUUCCAAAGGCUUUAGACAUUGUCAACAAGACCUAGGCCCUGAACUAAAGAUUUGCCCCGCCCCCCCAUGGGUGAAUCCCUGAAUUCUCAGAGUCUCAGAAAAGGCAGACCAUGGGUUCUUUGCUGUAGCUCUCCCUAACUGGACUUUCAUGGGAUCCAGGGAAUCCAUGGAGUGUCUCACAUUCCUGCUUGGGAUUGGGAUGAGUGGUGGAAUCUUUCACAGUUUCCCUCCCUUUUCAACAAAAGGGAGGGAGAUUAAGGGUGCAAGAAGGGAGCAGGGACUCAGGUUAGGGUCAGGAGGUCCGUGUGGGAGGCAUGUCUUUGUAAGUAAGGGCAGCCUUAGACCCCGGGAACGCCUGCAGCAGCAUGUCUCUGUGCAAGGCCCUGCCCUCAAGCUUCUUUCAUUUUUCCUGUCCGUGAAGAGCUCUUUUCAGAAUCAUAUGGGGAAGGCAGCUCUGGCUGAGCCCAGUGUGCCCAUCCACAGCUCUGACACUCAGACUCCAGUUUGCUUUUGCUCUAAUUCUCUGUUCAGUUUCUUGUGUUGAGCCAGAUCAGAUUAACUUCUCCCUCCUACAGAUAUGUGACUUCAUCAAUGCUGGGCCUGGGCCCUUCUGGAGUAGGAUAGGUUUCAGGGAUAGGAGGUCCCUGCUGGUCUUCUUUGUGACUGUCCUGGGGGCCCAGCAGCCUCCAGUGGAUGAGGUAGAUGCCAUAUUCUGGCUUUGGGGCUGGUGGCUCUGUGGGGAGAGUAGCGUGGCCUUGGUGUAGCCUUGGCCCAAAGUGGACUGCCACCACAAUACAGACUGCCAGCAGGACAAAGGCGGCAACGAUGAUGGUGAGCGGAGGCAGCCCAUCUCCAUGAAGUGGUUCCCAGGCUCCACCCAACACCUCCGGAAGCUGCCUCUGGGGCUCCUGCCCCAAGGACCCAUUCACGGCUGGAGAACGCAACAGCACACCGUUAUCGGCCUGGGAGGGGAAGAGAGCAGAGAGAGAGGUUGGAGUGGGCAUACACACAGAAAAAGGCCAAAAUAGAGUUGGGAGUGGUGGCGCUUGCCUGUAACCCUGCAACUCAGGAGACUGAGACAGGAGGAUUACAAAUUCAAGGCCAGCCUCAGCAAUUUAGUGGGACCCUGUAUCAAAAUAAAAAACAAAAAGGGCUGGGGAUAUAGCUCAGAAGCAAAGC